AUGAAUACUACAGGGAAAGUUAUCAGGUGCAGAGCAGCCAUACUCUGGAAGCCAGGUACACCACUUUCCAUUGAGGAGAUAGAAGUGGCCCCACCAAAGGUGAAGGAAGUUCGCAUAAAGAUCGUGGCCACGGGGCUCUGUGGUACAGAAAUGAAAAUGUUGGCAAAUAAAAUCCCUCACAACAAUUAUCCCAUCAUUUUGGGCCAUGAAGGGGCUGGAAUAGUCGAGAGUGUGGGAGAAGGCGUGAGCACAGUGAAAACAGGUGAUAAAGUUAUCACACUCUUUCUACCACAGUGUGGAGAAUGUACCUCUUGCGUUAAUCCUGGGGGCAAUUUUUGUAUACAAUUCAAACAAUCAGAAACUGGCCUGAUGUCUGAUGGUACCAGUAGGUUUACCUGCAAAGGAAAACCAGUAUAUCACUUUGGGAAUACAAGCACCUUUUCUGAAUACACAGUGAUAAAAGAAAUCUCGGUUACCAAGAUUGAUGCAGUUGCACCUCUGGAGAAAGUAUGCCUAGUUAGCUGUGGUUUUUCCACGGGAUAUGGUGCUGCAAUCACUACAGCCAAGGUGACCCCACGCUCCACCUGUGCCGUGUUUGGCCUUGGAGGCGUUGGCCUGUCUGUCAUCAUGGGCUGUAAAGCAGCCGGAGCGGCCAGGAUCAUUGGGGUGGACAUCAACAAAGACAAGUUUGCGAAGGCCAAAGAGGUGGGGGCCACUGAGUGCAUCAACCCUCAGGACUACGAGAAACCCAUCCAAGAAGUUUUAUUUGAUAUGACAGGUGCUGGCGUGGAAUUUUGCUUUGAGGUCAUUGGAAAUCCAGAAACUGUGGUAGCUGCCCUGGCCUCCUGCCACGAGAGCCACGGGGUCUGUGUGAUUGUGGGGCUCUUGACUGCUGGUGUCCAACUCAAUAUCAGUGGCCGGUUGUUCUUCUCAGGACGUUCUUUGAAGGGAUCUGUUUUGGGAGGCUGGAAAAGCAGACAGGACGUCUCUAAACUGGUUUCUGAUUACAUGGCAAAGAAGUUUAAUCUAGAUCCACUAAUUACCCAUACUCUGAAUCUUGAUAAAAUCAAUGAAGCAGUUGAAUUAAUGAAAACCGGAAAAUGUAUCCGCUGUGUCCUGUUACUUUAA